UCUGUUUCAGGGAGCCUGUCAAUCUCCACAGAGGAAAGGCUGGUGAUUCACCUCCUUAACCCAGCGCAUUACAACAAGCUAAUCCGUCCAGCGACUAACAGCUCACAACUGGUGUCAGUACAACUGAUGGUCUCUCUGGCACAGCUUAUCAGUGUGCAUGAAAGGGAACAGAUAAUGACCACCAACGUCUGGCUCACACAGGAAUGGAAGGAUUAUCGACUGACCUGGAAUCCAGCAGACUAUGAGGGGAUUGUAAAGGUGCGGCUUCCAUCCACUCACAUCUGGCUCCCGGACGUGGUCCUUUACAAUAACGCCGAUGGCACAUACGAGGUGUCCUUCUACUCCAACGCGGUGGUCUCACACGACGGCAGCAUCUUCUGGCUGCCCCCUGCCAUCUACAAGAGUGCCUGCAAGAUCGAGGUCAAACACUUCCCCUUCGACCAGCAGAACUGCACCCUCAAGUUCCGCUCCUGGACAUACGACCGCACGGAGAUCGACCUGGUGCUGCGCUCGGAUGUGGCCAGCUUGGACGACUUCACGCCGAGUGGCGAGUGGGACAUUGUGGCGCUGCCAGGGCGGCGCAACGAGAACCCCGACGACCACACCUACGUGGACAUCACGUACGACUUCAUCAUCCGGAGGAAGCCGCUCUUCUACACCAUCAACCUCAUCAUCCCCUGCAUGCUCAUCACCUCCUUGGCCAUCCUGGUCUUCUACCUGCCUUCGGACUGUGGUGAGAAGAUGACCCUCUGCAUCUCCGUGCUGCUGGCUCUCACCGUCUUCCUCCUCCUCAUCUCCAAGAUCGUGCCCCCCACCUCGCUGGAUGUGCCACUGAUGGGCAAGUACUUAAUGUUCACCAUGGUCUUGGUCACCUUCUCCAUUGUGACCAGCGUGUGCGUGCUCAACGUGCACCACCGCUCACCAACCACCCACACCAUGCCCCUCUGGGUCAGGCUGGUAUUCCUGGACAAGCUGCCUGCCAUCCUUUUCAUGAAGCAGCCCAGGAACAACUGCGCCAAGCAGAGGCUGCGGCAGAGGAGCAGAAUGGCAGCACACGGAGGAGGAAGGUGGCUUGCGCCCAGGAUCAGCGCCGAGCCCUGCGCCUGCCUCGUCAACCAGGCCUCCGCACGCGGGUACGGGGCGCGGCUCAUGGAGCUGCCGGUGGGUGCCAAUGGGGUGCGAGACCACGGGAAGAGGUCGUCACGCGAACAAUUCUACAGCCACAGGAUUGAAGAUACGAUGGAUGGAGUGGAGUUCAUUGCUGAUCACAUGCAAAGCGAGGAUGAUGAUCAGAGCGUGAUUGAGGAUUGGAAAUACGUUGCUAUGGUGAUUGACCGCCUCUUCCUGUGGAUUUUCGUGGUGGUGUGUGUGUUUGGGACCACUGGGAUGUUUCUCCAGCCGCUCUUCCAGAACCUCAAGUUCAAGAAAUUAAUCCCAUUCGUCGGUCCGGAAGAGGAAUAG